CCCCGAUCCGCUAACAUACCCCUCAAUCCCACUCCUCUCUCUACUUGCACCACCACCACCUCGACCUCUAAAACCCUUUAUAUUUCCACCCCUCUUCCAUUAACCCCUUCACUUCACGCAAGCACCAAUUAAAGCUUAUUAACAAUCUCUCUCUCACAUCCUACACCGGCAUUGCCAGGCUCUGAAAGCACCAGAAGUCUUCUGCUCAUAUAAAGGAAUGACUGGAAAGAGUGAUAGUGUUAGAGUUGACAUCCGCUUGCCAUCGAAGGCUGUCCUACCAGAGUUUAUGAAGAAAUCCAGUGAUGAUGAGAGCUUGUCACCCUGGAAAUGGAUAUGGGACGUGUGGAAGUUCGCCCAGGAGGACACCAACAGGGUGACCUUCUCGCUAAAAGUGGGCCUGGCUUGUCUCCUGGUGUCACUUCUCAUACUCUUCCGAGCGCCAUACCAAGUGUUCGGGGUCAACAUCAUCUGGUCCAUCCUCACCGUUGCCAUCAUGUUCGAAUACACCGUCGGCGCUACCUUCAAUCGCGGAUUCAAUCGGGCCCUUGGAAGUCUACUAGCCGGAAUCAUUGCCAUAGUGGUGAUCCAAGUAGCCAUGUCCACCGGACGCUUUGCAGAACCUUACGUCAUUGGCCUCAGCAUCUUCGUGAUUGGAGCUCUUACGUCCUUUAUGAAGCUAUGGCCUUCGCUAGUCCCGUACGAGUAUGGCUUCAGGGUCAUCCUCUUCACCUACUGUUUGAUUGUUGUCUCUGGCUACCGGAUGGGCAACCCAAUCAGGACUGCCAUGGAUCGCCUCUACUCCAUCGCAAUCGGUGGGCUCCUCGCCGUCCUCGUCAACGUCCUCAUCUUCCCUAUAUGGGCCGGCGAGCAGCUGCACAAGGAGCUCGUCAAAACCUUCACCUGCGUCGCCGACUCCCUCGAAGAGUGCGUGAAGAAGUACCUAAGUGAUGAUGGCUCCAACCGACCCGAGUUCGCAAAGGCUGUGAUGGAUGAAUUCUCGGAUGAACCGGCAUUCCGGAAGUGCAAGGCUGCGUUGAACUCAUCGACUAAGUUUGAUUCCUUGGCAAACUCGGCCAAAUGGGAACCACCGCAUGGGAGAUUCAAGCAUUUCUUCUACCCAUGGGAAGAGUAUGUAAAGGUAGGCGCAGUGCUUCGGCACUGCGCUUAUGAGGUGAUGGCGCUGCACGGCUGCCUGCAUUCAGAAAUUCAGGCACCCUAUAAUCUUAGAUGCACAUUCCAGUCAGAGAUCCUUGAUGCAACCAACAAGGCAGCAGAGUUACUGCGCAGCCUGGGGAAAGACGUAAGCAACAUGAAGCACAGCCUCCAAACAACCCUACUAAAGCGUGUUCAUAGCUCAAUCGUACGCCUCCAACGCUCCAUAGACAUGCAUUCCUAUCUUCUUACUUCAAAUCAUGAUUACCAUGAUUGCCCAGCAAAACCAGCUGCUAAACCCUUGAAAACUCUCUCUUUCAACCCAAAGGACUUCUCUGAUUGCUUAACAGAGCCAGACGCUAACAAAGUAGAGCCCAACACACCAUUAACAAUGGCAGUCCAAGCUGAAUCUUACCACGAGACUAUGAAGAAGCAACAGAGGAGGCUCCAUUCAUGGCCUUCAAGAGAGGUUGAUGAUUUUGAAGAAGAUGGAGCUAUUGAUGCAGAACUAAUUCCAAGGAUGCGUGCACUCGAAAGCACCACAGCUUUGUCACUUUCUACAUUCACCUCACUGCUAAUUGAGUUUGUGGCUCGACUUGAUCACUUGGUUGAAGCUGUUGACAAGCUUGCCAAGAUGGCCAAUUUCAAGCAAGAGUGUACAAGCUAAAAGAAAUCCCUAGAACUACCUAUCUUCUUCUUGAUCACAAGUACAGAAGAGAAACUAGCAUUUCUAAAAGAAGCAAACGCCUGAAAAAAUACUGUUGAAAUUAACAACAAUCACAUGUUCCAAACUUUUAAUCUAGAGACCCUGGAUGCUCAAAUUGUGUUGCUUCUGUAUUUUUCUCACCACAUUGGUAACAAAAUGCUAAAACAAGCAUGUCUCAGGGUCUAGAUUCUUCAGAGGAACUCGUGUAAUGAAGUAAAGGAAUAUACUUUUAGAGCACUUGAACUACAAAGGUCAAUCUAAUUCAAGCUUAGAAAUAUGUACCCUUAACACAUCCUUCUGUUGCAUCAAAAGCUCAAAGGAUUUUCAUUAAAAAACUCAACACAAAUUUAGAUGUGUCACUGAGAAAAGUUCUAACAUAUUUCUUUCAAUCACAAAUAAACCACAAAGAAUAAGGCGACCAUAAUCACUUGGACCUUCUUUUGACAAAUGCCUAGAAAAUAUGUUCCAGCACAAUAUACCACAGCCUCUGUAACCAUUCUCGACCAAAUCCAUAUUUCUAGCCUACUAAACAAGGCAUCCAAUAUUAAAUCACGAAAACAGAAUCCAAGUUCUCCAACAUUAUAUCAUGUUCUGCUGAUAAAUCAUAAAAGAAUUCCACAGUGCUGCGAAAAUUGAAGAUGAUCCAAAUAUUUUACAGGGUAUAAAACAUAUAGCAAGGAAGAAUACAACAAUUGCAAAACUCAGCUCCUUGACAAAUUAGUAAUAGAUUUUGACAUAAAAAGCAAUAAAUAAGCCUUCUGACGAACAUUUGCCAUGAUCAGGUGCUAAACCAUCAUUUCAGAGUUCCCCAGUAUUCAAAGUCAUCAAAUAUCCAAAACUUCCAGAUAAAACAUAUUUUAUCACCAAAUCAGGAAGACGAAGCAAGCCUUGAUCUAAGCUAAUCCCCCCUAGCUCAAUCCAAUUUGCAUUUGUGGUUAGCUCACAAAACCUAGUCUUUGUCAAAGAAUCCAGCCAACUUUCCCUAGCUUAGUCCUUGAUCUAAGCUAAAAUAAAAGCCAUAACUUUGGCAUUAACUAACCAAAAACUUUUCCCAUCUAUAUCGGGUUAGUUUGUCAACCCAGAUAUCUUACUGACCUGUGCUUGAUUGUAAAAUAUGUAUACUCACACUUUAAUGAGACAUGCAAGAAACAAUAAAAUAUCUGUUUCUAUGUUAAUCUUGGUGAACAGCUGAUUAAGUUCAAUUCAAUAAAAAUAGUCAAAAAAAAGUAGUUAACUAAUCUUGUUACAGAAAUAAGUAGCAUAUUGUAGAUCAGCUCGCAUUGUUGUAUAGGUGAAAAGCCUGAUCUCUUUUCCCAACUAAGCAAUCAACUAUCCAUCGUCCUAACACUGAUAUAGGUUGCACAAUAUAUAAUUGAUGAGAGGAAGCGUCUCUUAAGCUCACCUUCUUUUUAUCUUGCCUCUAUUUUGAAAAUAGUAACUGCACAAAAACCUCUGUGCACCUCUAGCAUAACAUUUAAUUUCGCUCCAACUCAUCCCCUAGUAAAUCAUAACCUUUUGCUCGCCCAACAUGCCCUUAUAGUUUGGCCAUUCUACCAAGGUAACUUGUUGAAGAUUUUGCUUGACGAUAAUAAAGACUGGGUAGCACCCUGCCUCCCUUUUCCUUAAAAAUUUUUUUUAAAAAAAAGCCUUGUCAAAGAUCUCCACUCAAACCGCUCAUUAUCUCAUGCAACUAAUGUGCCUACUACAAAUUAUAGCUACAAUUCAACUGUAAACUGGACAUAUAUUGUAAAUUCAUGGCAUGUGAUAAAUAAAAUCAGGCUGCCAUAAUUAAUGAUAAAUAUUGUAAACUGAUUUAACAGUACAUUACCAUAAUUGUCUGUCAACUUCUCCAGAGUUCCAGAAAAUUUAUGCUUCCCAAAGCAGAAAAGUACCCACGAUACAUUUUCUGUCCAGAUUCUAUUUACAAUGAUCUGAAACCUAACAGAAGAUCUAAUCAGCUUGGGAGGAAUCCUAUCUAAUUCAGAUAAAGAUUUGAACCCUUAGUUUGAGGAAUUUAUCAUAACAUGGAUAAAUAUAUGUAUAAUAGACAAACGUUAAAUUCUGUAUAAAUGGUAGACACGACAGUAUAAAUUACCCUUUCCUUUCUCAAUAAACAGGUGUAGUAAAGCAAUUGAUUUUGGAAGAAUAUCAUCUUAAGUUGUUUAUACUAGGUUGAAUAACUGUUCUAUUCUAUCUCCCACAGGCAGUGGAAGCCAUAGUUUGGUAGUUUAGUAUGAAAAAUUACACAAUUCUAACCGAGCUUACUCCAAAAGAGCAGCAAAAUUCAUUUUCAUAUUUUAUAAGGUGAAAAUAAAAACAAGUUUGCAAUAUAACCCAGAAGACAGUUCAUGCAAAAAAAAAAUGCAUAAAAGAACAGUACAUUAUACAUGUGCAAAUUAUGAACUCUUCAAUUUUCUUCUUGGCGUCAAUACAUCAACAACAAAAAAUCUGAACACUGCCAAUAACUACAUCCCAUCAAUGUUCUUGCUUACAAGAUUUCAGGGGUGUUAGUAGUGAGCUACAUCAGUCAAACAACGGUAUGCAGAUAAUAACUUGUGCAUCCUACUGUCAUUUUCUUUCCUCAAGAAAUUUUUUUUGAGAAAUACAUGAGCAACUAUAUAACCAGCAGCUGAUAUCCCAUCAAUGUUAUUGCUUACAAGAUUUCAGGGGUGUUAGUAGUGACCCACAUCAGUAAGACAACAGUAUACAGAUAAUAACUAAUGCAUUAUACUAAAUAAAAUCAGGCCGCCAUAAUUAAUGAUAAAUAUUGUAAACUGAUUUAACAGUACGUUACUAUAAUUGUCUGUCAACUUCUCCAGAGUUCCAGAAAAUUUAUGCUUCCCAAAGCAGAAAAGUACCCAUGAUACAUUUUCUGUCCAGAUUCUAUUUAAAAUGAUCUGAAACCUAACAGAAGAUCUGAUCAGCUUGGGAGGAAUCCUAUCUAAUUCAGAUACAGAUUUGAACCCUUAGUUUGAGGAACUUAUCAUAACAUGGAUAAAUAUAUGUAUAAUAGACAAACUUUAAAUUCUGUAUAAAUGGUAGACACGACAGUAUAAAUUACCCUUUCCUUUCUCAAUAAACAGGUGUAGUAAAGCAAUUGAUUUUGGAAGAAUAUCAUGUUAAGUUGUUUAUACUAGGUUGAAUAACUGUUCUAUUCUAUCUCCCACAGGCAGUGGAAGCCAUAGUUUGGUAGUUUAGUAUGAAAAAUUACACAAUUCUAACUGAGCUGACUCCAAAAGAGCAGCACAAUUCAUUUGCAUAUUUUAUAAGGUGAAAAUAAAAACAAGUUUGCAAUAUAACUCAGAAGACAGUUCAUGCAACAAAAAAAAAAUGCAUAAAAGAAUGGUACAUUAAACAUGUGCAAAUUAUGAACUCUUCAAUUUUCUUCUUGGCGUCAAUACAUCAACGACAAAAGAUCUGAACACUGCCAAUAACUACAUCCCAUCAAUGUUCUUGCUUACAAGAUUUCAGGGGUGUUAGUAGUGAGCUACAUCAGUAAAACAACGGUAUGCAGAAAAUAACUUGUGCAUUCUACUGUUAUUUUCUUUCCUCAAGAAAUUUUUUUUGAAAAAUACAUGAGCAACUAUAUAACCAGCAGCUGAUAUCCCAUCAAUGUUAUUGCUUACAAGAUUUCAGGGGUGUUAGUAGUGACCCACAUCAGUAAGACAACAGUAUACAGAUAAUAACUAAUGCAUUGUACUGUUGUUUUCUUUCCUCCAGAGAAGUUUUU